CCUCCCCCUCCUCCCUCCUCGUGCUCUUGGUGGUUGCGCGCGCCGCUCAGCUGCCCUCCACUCCUCUUCUUGUCCUCCUCUCCUCCUGGACAGCCGCUCCAGCUCCUCUGUCCUCCUCAUCUGUCGGAAUUCAGCCUCCGGAUUCUCCUCAGACAUUUCACACCAUGUCUUCAGUGCUGCAGAAGCUCAUCAGCCCUCUGGCCAGCAGCCCAGCUGAGCCACCCCGCAACAAGGUGACCGUGGUGGGAGUGGGACAGGUGGGCAUGGCCUGUGCCGUCAGCAUCCUCCUGAGGGACCUGUGUGAUGAGCUGGCCCUGGUCGACGUCAUGGAGGACCGUCUGAAAGGAGAGAUGAUGGACCUGCAGCAUGGAAGCCUUUUCCUCAAGACCUCCAAGAUAGUGGCUGACAAAGACUAUGCAGUGACAGCAAACUCUCGCCUGGUGGUGGUGACGGCUGGCGUCCGCCAACAGGAAGGGGAGAGCCGUCUGAACCUGGUGCAGAGGAAUGUCAACGUCUUCAAAUCCAUCAUUCCACAGAUCGUCAAGUACAGCCCUAACUGCACGCUCAUCGUGGUCUCCAACCCUGUCGAUGUGCUGACAUACGUCACCUGGAAGCUGAGCGGUCUGCCUAAACACCGGGUCAUUGGCAGCGGCACCAACCUGGACUCAGCCCGCUUCCGGUACUUGAUGGCUGAACGCCUUGGGAUCCAUGCGUCCUCCUUCAAUGGGUGGGUGCUGGGUGAACAUGGAGACACCAGUGUGCCUGUUUGGAGUGGAGCCAAUGUGGCUGGAGUCAACCUGCAGAAGCUGAAUCCUGAGCUCGGCACUGAUGCAGAUAAGGAACAGUGGAAGGCCACACACAAGGCUGUGGUGGACAGUGCCUAUGAGGUGAUCAAGCUGAAGGGUUACACAAACUGGGCCAUCGGUCUGAGCGUGGCCGACCUGACUGAGAGCAUCGUCAAGAACAUGAGCCGAGUCCACCCGGUCUCCACCAUGGUCAAGGACAUGUACGGCAUCGGUGAGGAGGUCUUCCUGUCUCUGCCGUGUGUGUUGAACAGCAGCGGUGUGAGCAGCGUGGUCAACAUGACGCUGACAAACGACGAGGUAGCCCAGCUGAAGAAGAGCGCAGACACACUGUGGGGAAUCCAGAAGGACCUCAAGGACAUCUAAACUCCUAAACCCCUCC